UUAACAUGAUUUGAUAGUAAACCACGCUUCAGUUUGUGAAGGUGGGACCUAUGCUCCAUCUUUUCACCCCUUCUCAUUCUGAUCCCAUCCUGUACAUCAGCUUCGAUCAAGAACUGAGCUAGUUUCCUUCCCAUCAGUCCAUCACCACAGUAUACCCAAAGUUGCGAACCCAGAAGUUGUUUUCUUAAAACAAAACAAGACCGUGAGUUUUGGAGUCGCGAAACAGGUUUGAGAGUAGGACUAGCACAUGAGGUUUUACUCAACAAAAAGGGAAAGAAAAAAAAAAAAAAACACAGCGCGUACGCCUUGAUCCUUAUUUUUGCGCCUUCUGCUACUUCAAAUCAUCUUGAGCGCGUUUUCUGCGCCUUCACGCCUAGCUAUCAAAACUCACUCAUUUUUGUUGCUGAUUUACACUUUUAACGCCUCAGGACGCGCCUGAGGAGCGCUUUUUAACACAUUGCUCGCAUAAGAGUUUUUUCCAUUUAAGGACAAAAGAGUUCAUAAGACCAGAAAUUAGCCAUUCUCUUCUUUAGUUUCCAGCUGUUCAGUUCGUCACCACAAACGUCAUUGUUUUCCUACAAGUCCCUUACUUAAACUCUUGACAUCCUCUUCUCACCUUACAUGUUCCAACAUUUCGAGUCUCACUAUAUUCACUCAGCCCACCAAUCCAUUAUUUGUAUAGUUAAGAUCUAAUUAUAUUUAGUCAAUUUACGUCCAGACUCCACGACGCCCUUCCCUGCCAACAACCACCACCAGUCCACCAUGGUUCAACACCGCUUCAUUAUGAUAUCAUUACCAGCUCAAGGCCACAUCAAUCCCUCCCUCCAAUUAGCCAAGCGCCUCAUCCGCACCACUGGGGCGCGUGUAACCUUUGUCACCAGCCUCUCCGCUCACCGCCGCAUUGGCAACCGCUCAACUACUCCUAGUGGCUUGACCUUUGCUCCUUUCUCUGACGGGUACGACGACGGGGUUAAGCCUGAAGACGAUAGACAGCAUGUCUUUAGUGAGCGAAAGAGUCGCAGCUCGCAAGCGAUUGUGGAUCUUGUCAAAUCUGGUGCGAAUGAGGGCCACCCUUACACUUGCAUAGUGUACACUUUAGUUCUCCCUUGGGUCGCGGAAGUGGCCACUGAGCUUCACCUCCCCAGCGCUCUCCUUUGGAUUCAGCCAGCCACAGUGUUCGACAUAUACUACUAUUACUUCAACGGCUACAAAGAUAUCAUCAGGAACAAUACCGGUGCUGAUAACAAUGACCCCUCCUUUGCAGUAGAAUUACCAGGACUGCCACUAUCGUUGAGGAGCCGCGACCUUCCCUCCUUCUUGCUGGCUUCGAGUCCGUACAUAUACCGUUUCGCUCUCCCAUUGUUCGAAGAUCAGUUGGAAAAGCUUGGGAAACUAAGCAAGGCAAUCAUACUGGUGAACACGUUCGAUGCACUAGAACCCGAGGCCUUAAAAGCAAUCGACAAGUACAGCUUGAUCGGAAUCGGGCCUUUAAUGCCGUCUGCUUUCUUAGACGACAAGGAUUCAUCUGAUAAAUCUUUCGGAUGCGAUCUUUUCCAGAAAUCAAAAGAUUCCACCUACAUGGAAUGGCUGAAUUCGAAGCCGGAACAGUCGGUCGUUUACGUCUCGUUUGGGACCGUUUCCAUGCUGUCCAAGAUUCAAAUGGAGGAAAUUGCAAAAGGGUUGCUGGAUUCUGGACGUCCGUUUCUGUGGGUGAUUAGGGAAAACCAAAAGAACGGAGAAGGUAAGGAAGGAAAAGAAGAAGAGGAGCUGAGUUGUAGAGAGGAACUAGAAGAGCUUGGGGUGAUAGUCCCGUGGUGUAGUCAAGUGGAGGUUCUGUCAAAUCCUUCGUUGGGUUGUUUUGUGACACAUUGUGGCUGGAAUUCAAGCUUGGAGAGCUUAGUUUGUGGGGUACCGGUGGUGGCAUGUCCUCAGUGGACAGAUCAAUGCACUAAUGCAAAAUUGAUAGAGGACACGUGGAAGACAGGGGUGAGGGUAGCACCGAAUGAGGAGGGUGUUGUUGUGGGUGAGGAGUUGAAGAGGUGUCUGGAUUUGGUCAUGGGAAGUCAAGAGUUGAGAAGGAAUGCUAAGAAGUGGAAGAAUUUGGCGAGAGAGGCUGUGAGUGAAGGGGGGUCAUCUGACAAGAAUCUCAAGGCGUUUCUGAAGGAGAUUGAAGAAGUAGAUUAAUUGCAUGGGGAAAUAAAAUGAUUGUCUAAUGCAAUUGAGUGGGUUUCGAUGGGUAGGCGAAGAGGAGUCGAACAAGGCGUGAAAGGCGACGCCCAUGGCAACAAAAGAGAAACGACGUCGUUUUGAAACGAUUGUGGUUUAAACCAAUGAAAAAGGAGUUGAAGAAGUUCCUUUCUGCUUCUGCCAAUGAAAAAGUCGAAAAACUUUUAUCUGGUCAUUAGAGUAUGUCAUUAUAAAUUUAGUUGCCGGGUUGAUUUUCAGGUGAUUGUGUUUAUAGUGCAGGUGAUUGUGUUUAGUUGUUGGGUUGAAUUUCAUUUAGAAUUUGUCAACUGUAUGAUUGUUAGUAAUGUAUGAACUGCUAAUGCCUUAAAUUUUGUUUGCUUGAUGAGAAAAAUGGAGGAGGAGGAGGAUGAUAGAGUUUUCGAUUCCGGUAAUAAACAGUGUUUGAAUCGGAUGAUUCAUACUUGGUUCUGGUGUUUCUCAUGGAUAAUAGAGGCCUAGACUGGACUUUCAAA